AGUCAGAAUUUUCAAAAAAUCGAUUUUUUUUUUUUUUGCAUUUUCUUAAAGUAUAAUAUUUUUAAAAUAUUGUGUGAAAAUUUGAAGUGAAUCCGACAAAUUCUUUUCGAGUUAUUUAACAAUGACCAAAGGACGCUCGGGUGCUACGUGGCAUUCGAGAGCAGGUAGCUAGAAACAGCUGCAAGCAACCGACCUUUCGGGUUUCAUUGUCAUGAAUAUCUCCCCAUUUUAAUGUAGUACAAGAACUGAAAAAUAAUUUUUGGUUGCCAGUAUACCUGUAGUCGUUGCACUGAUCAGUCGAUAGUUUUGUGAUAAAUUAUUUCUCAAGUGAAUUAAAUUAUUAACCAUGGGACGUGAUUCUAGAAAGGUUUCAAGAGAACUUCGGAGUUCUGAAAAAAUUAAUAAGUCGCGUUCAGUCAAAAGAAAGAAUGUUUUUAAUCCGAAAACAGCCGAACGUGAUGAAAGUAUUCAGAGUACAUCUUCUAAAAAAUUAAAACAAAACACUGAAGAUGAUGUACCUGAAGACAGCAGUACUGAAUUUCGAAUAAUAAAUUUGAUGAAAUUCGAGUGAUGAAAAACCGAAUCAUGAUAUGUGUCCAAAAGGCGAAGAAUCUUGGUGCUCUUACCAGCGCGCUGAAGCAAGAGGAGAGCUUGAUACCUAUUCUCACGAUUAUUCUCCCUUACCUUCUGAUGUUUUAAAAGCUAUCAAGCCUAUAUACGAAGGUCUUAGUAAUGAAAAUUUACUUUCAAGAUGUGUAGGUGGAUUCAAUCAGAAUAAUAAUGAAAGCUUUAACCAACUAGUAUGGAAAAUAUGCCCAAAAACGGUAAAUACUAGUUUUACUGUCGUACAAAUAGCUGCAUACGUUGCUAUGUGUAUAUUUAAUGAGGGUAUAAAUUCAGUAUUAGUCUUGAUGAAUACACUAGGACUUAAUUGUGGGCCUAAUUCUCAUCGGUAUGCAGAAAGAAUGGAUGCUGCACGUAUCAAAGUAGCAGAUAAGCGCGCUAAUGAUAACACCCGAGAAGGUCGAUUGCAACGUAGGCACCAGCAAAUCAAUAUUUUGGAAGCUGCUAUGACGGCUGAAGAGCUAUUAUAUGGUCCAGGAAUAGAUGACUCAGUAUGAAUCUCCAAGGACUUAUGAUGAUCACCGCAAAGGACUUCGGGAGGAACGGGCUCUACAAAAACAGCGAUAACUUUUUGAAUUAUUAAUUUUUUUUUUUGAAAUUUUCGUGAAGUCAAAUCGAAACGUGUUCUAAUAAAGCUAUGUUUUUAUUUUUGUCAAAUAAAGUAAUUAACUACAAAAAAAAAAUUAUUGAAAAUCAUCAUUUUUUCAGGCCUCUGAGUACCCCUA